CGACAACCAGCUGUCCAAACCACUUGCUGGGCGACGCUUUUUGACGCAUCGAGAUAAUCCGGCGUUCUUUCUCAGGACUAUUUCAUAUCUCACAGGGAAGACUGUAUCCAACGGUUCAUAGUUUUUCAGGUCACAUCGGAACCUAAUACAAGCUCCCCGCCAUACGGAGAGCGGCCAUCGGCUUCUUGAUACAUUCACCAAAAUGUUCCGUUCAGAAUUCUGGGAGGACGACCCUAUGGAGGGAGUCAUGGGCUCCUCCAUGUUCCAUCGCGGCGGUGCCUCUCGCCGCUUCGACGAGUACUACCGUUGCUAUCCUGUAGCAAUGAUGCCUGGACCAGAGAGAGAGAAUGUGAACCACGGUGGCAAGGUUAUCAUGCCGCCCAGUGCCCUGGAUAAGCUGACUCGGCUUCACAUCACUUAUCCUAUGCUUUUCGAGCUGCACAAUGGAGCAAAGGAGAGGAUGACACAUGCUGGUGUGCUGGAGUUUAUCGCGGAGGAAGGGAAGAUUUAUCUACCAUUCUGGAUCAUGCAGACGCUCCUUCUUGAGCCGGGCGAUCUCCUCCAGAUCAAAUCAACAGACCUGCCUUCUGGCCAGUUUAUCAAACUGCAAGCUCAGUCGACAUCCUUCCUCGAUAUUAGCGAUCCCAAAGCCGUUCUAGAAAACGUCUUCCGUAACUUCUCAUGUCUCACGAAAGGCGAUGUGUUUACGUUCCAUUACAAUGAUCAGGUGUACGAAAUGGCGGUUUUGGAAACUAAGCCGGCCAACGAGAAGAACGCCAUCUCCGUCCUGGAGACAGAUUUGGAAGUCGACUUUGCAGCCCCCGUAGGCUACGAAGAGCCCAAAGUUCCUAGCGGGACGAGUACUCCUCUGAGCAUGCCUGGUGGAAAGAUCCCACCUGGUGGCAUGCUUCAUCCUCACGGCACUAUGGCUCAGGCUAUCAACUACGCCGCCAUUGCUCCAGAGUCCACAGAUGCGAACAAAGGUGCCAAGGCCGCGUCGUCGAAUUUCCUCCUGGGUGGCCAGCGGUUGAAUGCGAAGAAAGGAAGUAAAGCUCCAACACCUCAGCCUACCACACCUGCUCCGGGAACAGCCAAGACACAGCUUCCACCUCCUACACGGAGGACGAACGGACCAAUGCCGCUACGACUGCCUCCGAAUCAACUAUUCUUCGGCUACGCUAUCAAGCCCGUGAAGAAACGCGAUGAGCAGGGCAGAGUCGCUGAUGAAGAGGAGAAGCCGAAGUUCCAGGGUGCUGGACAGACCCUCCGGCAGAAGAAGAAAGGCGUUAGUGGAGCAGGCACCCCUGCAUCGGGCAGUGAUGCUGAAGGUUCCAAGGGAAAGGAUUCGAAAGGCAAGGACACCGGCCGUUCUCUUGGGAGCUCCCGAACCCUCCGGUAAAGGCGUCUUGAUCUGGAUAUCUAUAGUCGCGUUAUCCUUACGACUGUAGCUCUAUUCUUCGAACGAUAUUAAUCGGCUGGCGCUCUAUGUGUUUCUGGUGCAUAGCGGUUUGGGUUGGCGCUUAAUGGUACUGUGACUUCUUCUGAAAUAGAAAUAUACGUGGGUUU